ACUCGCUUGCAGAUGGUAAACAACAUGGCGGUGACACCGGCACGAAGUUCAUCUUUGCAGGAUUUGAGUGUGUGGGCGGACCGGACUGCCCUCCACGAAGCCGCAUCUCAGGGCAGGGCUUUACAGCUGAUACGGCUGAUAGAGAGUGAAGCGUCAGUCAACAUAGUGACCGUGGACAACAUCACCCCGCUCCACGAAGCUUGUCUCCAAGCUCACCCGCAUUGUGCCCGCCUGCUCCUGGAAGCUGGAGCCCAGGUGGAUGUGCGGAAUAUCCAUGGCAGCACUCCCCUUUGCCACGCCUGCUCUUCCGGUAGUUUGGAGUGCGUCAAGCUCCUUUUGCGAUACGGAGCCCAAAUCAACCCAUCACUCACCGCUUUGACAGCAUCCCCCCUCCACGAGGCUUGCAUCCAAGGAAAUCCUGAGAUAGUGAGGCUGCUGAUUGCUAGUGGUGCCCAACUGGAGGCGUAUGAUGUCCAUUUUGGCCCACCGCUGCACAUUGCGUGUGCAAAAGCACGUGUGGAAUGUGUCAAGGAGCUUCUGCUCGCAGGUGCCGACGUGAAUUCGAGCAAGUUCCACGAGACAGCCUUGCACCACGCUGCUCGACUGGACACGCCGGAUGUGUUGGAGCUGCUGGUGGAGUUCGGAGCCAACGCGUACUCUCUCGACAACUACGGACGUAAACCCGGCGACUACUCGACACCUGCGUCGCCGUCCUAUGCCCGUCUCAGGUUUUACGAAAGAAAUCCGCUGAGCCUUCAGCAUCUUUGUAGAAUCACCAUGAGGAGGGCUCUUGGUACCUCUGCCUCGGUGGUCAUAGGUUUGCUGGGCUUAGCUCGUUCCAUUCAGAGCUAUCUCCAGUUUUGCGAUCACCCCGCAUCACUAGAGUUCCGUAUGGAUGUUUGAUUAAAUAUACUAAUGUACACCGAACACCCACUUUUUGUGAUGAAGGAUUGAAUCCAGCAAAAAUAGU